GCUGCUUCGCAUUUACACGCCGCUUCCUGGUUCUCCUAACGGCUCGUUUCCCGUGACAGGUUCUCCUAAAUGCAGCCUUUCUCUCGCGGUUUCCCCUAACCUUCAACGGGAAUACAACAUAUACCAAGACUUUUGUUGGGACCUACGCUGCCAUCAUGAACACGGAGAAGGACUUUACUCCGCUGACGCCCAACAUCGUCCGGGCUCUCAAUGAUAAACUGUACGAGAAGAGGAAAGUGGCGGCCCUGGAAAUCGAGAAGCUGGUGCGCGAGUUCGUGGCUCAAAACAACUCCACUCAGAUCCGUCACGUCAUCCAGAUCCUGGCCUCGGAGUUCGCGCUGUCUCAGCACCCGCACAGCCGCAAGGGAGGACUCAUCGGCCUCGCCGCGUGCUCCAUCGCGCUGGGUAAGGACUCUGGUCUGUAUCUGAAGGAGCUUAUCGAGCCGGUCCUUACUUGUUUUAACGACUCCGACAGUCGUCUGCGUUAUUACGCCUGCGAGGCUCUCUAUAAUAUAGUCAAGGUGGCCAGGGGAGCCGUGCUGCCCCACUUUAACCUGCUUUUUGAUGGAUUGAGUAAGCUUGCAGCUGAUCCGGACCCCAAUGUCAAAAGCGGCUCAGAACUUUUGGACCGACUCCUGAAGGACAUUGUGACUGAAAGCAACAAGUUCGACCUCGUCGCAUUCGUCCCUCUACUAAGAGAGCGCAUUUAUUCCAAUAACCAGUACGCCCGUCAGUUUAUCAUCUCCUGGAUCCAUGUCCUGGAGUCCGUACCUGACAUCAACCUGCUGCACUACCUCCCCGAGAUCCUGGACGGCCUCUUCCAAAUCCUCGGGGACAACAGCAAGGAGAUCCGCCGGAUGUGCGAGGUGGUGCUCGGCGAGUUCCUGAAGGAGAUCAAGAAGACACCUUCCAGCGUGAAGUUCGCUGAGAUGGCGAACAUCCUGGUCAUCCAUUGCCAGGUGGCGGAUGAGACCAAGGUAACCAACGACCUCAUCCAGCUGACCGCCAUGACGUGGAUGAGGGAGUUCAUCCAGCUGGCGGGCCGCGCAGUGCUGCCUUACUCGUCGGGGAUCCUCACCGCCGUACUGCCGUGCCUCUCCUAUGACGACCGCAAGAAGAACACCAAGGAGGCGGCGAAUGCCUGCAACUACAGUUUGAUGAAGCUCGUCACGCCUGAGGAUGACGAUGACGACGACGAAGAUGAGAAAAGCGGAAGCACCGAGUCACCGUCGAGAGAAGACAAGGUGGACGCCGGCGAUGGUGGCGACAUGCUGAACUCCUCGCAGGAAGCGGCGGGCUUCAGCAACAUUAGCUUCUUUGCCCCGGCGAGCACCGAUCGGUCUCAGGUGACUCUGGACAUGGACGGUAUCGUGCAGGUGCUAGACCGCCACCUCCACGAUGGCUCCACCGGCAUGAUGACACGCAUCGCUGUGCUCAAGUGGCUCUACCACCUGUACAUCAAGACGCCGCGCAAGAUGUUCCGUCAUACGGACAGCCUCUUCCCCAUGCUGCUCAAGACCCUCUCGGACGAGUCAGACGAGGUCAUCCUCAAAGAUCUGGAGGUGCUGGCCGAGAUUGCCUCGUCGCCUGCCGGACAGACGGAUCCGGCGGCGGCCUGCGACGGGCUUGACAGCAGGCCGGCACUCAAGGUGCCGGACAAGGUGGGCAAGACCGGGGCCGCCGAAUCCUCGCCGUCCACACCGAGCAUGAACUCCUAUUUUUACAAGUUCAUGAUCAACCUCCUGAAACGCUUCAGCGCCGAGAGAAAGCUGCUGGAAAGCCGAGGGGCGUUCAUCAUCCGCCAGCUCUGUCUGCUCCUCCAUGCCGAGAACAUUUUCCAUUCCAUGGCGGACAUCCUACUCAAGGAGGAGGACCUGAAAUUCGCCUCCACCAUGGUGCAGACGCUCAACACCAUCCUUCUCACGUCCGCCGAGCUCUUCCAGCUGCGCAACCAACUGAAAGACCUCCACACAGCCGACAGCUGCAUGCUCUUCUGCUGCCUCUACCGCUCGUGGUGCCACAACCCUGUCGCCACCGUUUCGCUCUGCUUUCUCACGCAGAACUACAAACAUGCCUACGACCUCAUCCAGAAGUUCGGCGGGCUGGAGGUGACGGUGGACUUUCUAAUGGAGGUGGACAAACUGGUGCAGUUGGUGGAGAGUCCCAUUUUUACCUACUUGCGCCUUCAGCUACUGGACGUGGAGAGUAACCCGUAUUUGAUCAAGGCACUGUACGGGCUGCUGAUGCUUCUGCCACAGAGCCAGGCCUUCCAGCUGCUCUCGCACCGCCUGCAGUGCGUCCCCAACCCGGAGCUGAUGCGGACGGUGGACGGGACGAAGCGCGCCGACCCCAAAGAGCGCGAGGCAGAACGCAAGCGCGCCCCGCACGCCAACGUGGACUACGGCGAGCUGCUGCGCCACUUCGACUGCGUGCAAGGCAAACACCUGGAGGUGCGGCACCAGCGCUCAGGGCGCGUGGCCGAGCUGCCCGACAGGAAACUGAUGUGAGGCUGCACCAUACUGAAAAAAAAAAUGUAUAUAUUAUUGGAACCAAAUAUGAUAUUAUGAAGCUUGUACAUACACUGGCAUGACGAGAAUGUUCAAUUCACCCAUUUUCUUUGUAUUAUUCGUGAGUGUCGCGGGACAAUUGCGAGUCUCGAUUUACGUUUCGGGGAUGAGGGUCAGGGAUUUGAACCUCAAACCUCAGAAUUGCGAUGCAGACAUACUAUCACUAUUACACUGUGCUGUUGUGAGAAUGUUAUGUUUAAAAAAAAAAAGAGUACUGUCUGUUCACAAGUUACAUUUUUUAUUUUUCAAAAAAUAUUUUUUAAUGAAUGAAAAAAAAAAUCACUGAUACCAACAUCAUGUAUUUUCUUUGAAGGGAGGAUUAGGGCUACAAAGAUUCGAGUCGUGAUCUUCAGAGAAUAAAGUUGUAUAUUUGAGACAAUAAAAAAAUGAAUUUUUGAUUAAAGCCGCAGUGUAACAAGAAUAAAGUUUUGGAGAUAAAAGGUUGUUUAUUUUUUCUAUUAGUUGUAAUGUAGUGAGAAUAUAGUUGGAUUAUUUUGUCAUUUUUUAUUUUAUUUAGGUACGCCAUUUUGUUUCAGUUGUAGAUUUUUUUUCAGUGCUCUCGAAAAAGUUGAGUUUAGCUCAGCAUAAAUAUAGUCCAUACAUGGGCGAAUUUUGAAAUUCAAACAUGCUUUUUCCCCUCCCAUCAUACAUCUAUCUAUUUAGUUUAUUUAUUCGUGUGAUAUUAUGAUUUUAAUGUUAAAUGUAUACCAAUUUUCAUCUCAUAUUUUUUCCUCAAAUUUAAUGUUCUAUUGUUGUCUCAAAACUACCACUUAAAAAAAAAACUCCUUGAAAAUAUUAAUUUAUUCUAAUACUACAACUUUGAUCGCCAAAAUAGACAACUUCAUUCUCAUGAGAUUACAACUUAAUGUCAUUUUUAGUCUUUUCAUUUUGGCCCUAAAACGUCUUUGUCAUUUUACGAUCAGUGUUGUUAUUUUACUUUCUCUAACUGUCAUACAGAAAACAUUCGCUGUCAUUUAAUGAGCUAUCAAUAAUUAAUUUCUCAGUAUGUUUGUUGUCGCGCUUUGGAGUUGUGUCUUGACUGAAACCAUUUUCUUGAGAGUGGAUUGCCUUAAUAUUUAAAACUCCUUAGUUUGACAAAGUCUCACAUCGCUGCUGUUUGUGAAUGAAGACGUGACAACUGUCAUAACACAAUCAUGUGUUUUUCUGUCAGGAGGUACAAAAUAUGUAUAUAUAUAUAUAUUGUUUUAUUCCUCUUAAAUUAAAUUGUUCCAUUUAUUUCAAAUAAAGCUAAUACACAUUCCAUUACCAACUAGUCUGCUUUGGUUACUUAACGCGCACGAUGAUGAUUUGUUGUCAUGUGAGCCACAAACAAAGCGUCACAUGUGCGGAGCUGUGAGCCAGCUUCACUUUUCCAGUUAAGUCAAGGCAUAUAUUCUUGGAAUGCCUUCUCUUCCUGUUCUAUAAAUAUACACACGGACACACUGCUGUCUGUAUAUUUACAGCUGGCCUUAAAAGUCACUGUUUGUCUUUUUAAUCCUAAUAUACUGUAUUUCUUGGAUCUUUGCACCGCUUUUGUCGUCAUUCGUGCGUAAAGUUGUCAAUAAAGCUGGACCCCGUGUGAUGACA